UUGGUAGGGAUGUCACGAAAAUUAAGCCAUACGGAAGUGGAACUUGCCAGAGUUUGUUGUUAAAUCAUAGUUGUGCGCAAUUAAAUGAAUGGACAUUAGUUUAAAUCGCGUUAGCUGGAUGUAACGUGUUAACAUGUCAAUAUUGUGCGACGUAGUAGUAACGUACAGACUCUAUAAUAAUAAUAAUAAUAAUAAUAAUAAUAACAAUAAUAAUAAUAAUAAUAAUGACGAUAAAAAUGAUAAUAAUAAUAUAAGAAGACGAUAGGCUACACAACUAAUAUGAAUUGCACUGAGAUUGGAACAACCUUCCAGGGUAAUGAGCCAUAGUGACUCAUUCAAAUAUUUUUGACUGUUUAUGUGUGCAUUGACAUUCUGCACCUGGAUCUCACAUUUCAUACCACGAUUAGUUAUUUAUCCGCGCUGGCAUAUUGGUCAUUGAGUGGAUUAGUUUAUUGACGAGAAGUUUAAUCUGGGUGCGGUGUGACGCAACGCUGCCGGGAAAUCUGAUAGGAAAAGCGGCGCGUGAAGGGAGGUAUGCUUGUGUAAGCAUUGAACUGAGUGUAAGGAGUAAAACCUGCAGGGAUGUCCCCUCAACACGCCGGGAGUCUGGAGUCAAGAGGCACGUUAUCUAAUUUUAGUUUGCUGCCACUCCAGUUUAACGUGUACGAAAACGACAGAAAACCUUUCGUUAGACGUAGUGACAUGGGUUUCAUCUUAACAAAAAGUAGUGGCACUGCAUCAACAGUAGCUCCUCUCGUCAGUAAUAGGGUCCUAUAAAUAAGGCAUUGUUCGGGAUGAAGCUGUGGGAGUUGGAGGUGGGUCUUGAUUUUGGCAGUGCGAGGUGUUGCACGAAUAUAAUUAGAUUCACUUAUGCAAAUACUAUGAAAUCCUGUGCAUAACUAUUGAUGUUCUGUACUACACUCCUUUGUCCAAAGACCAUUGCUAGCAAAUCAAGCCAGUCCCAGGGAAAUGGGCGGCACUAACCUGAGUCCCUAUUUCCAAGUAUCUCUGGCGAGAAUUACAAUAUUAGAUAUAUCCGCUAUACGUUGUAGAUUACGAUUGUUCAAUAUUUUUCUAAUGGUAUUGCAUUUUCUACAGUGUUUCAAACGAGACAAGAACCAAUCCGAUCAAAACGAAUAUUACCUAACAGUCGUGUGACUUUUAACUAAAUAUUGCAGGGCCGAUUUCCAGGUAGGACAUUGCUGUUGUACCCUUGAGCAAGACACUUGUACAUCCAGCAGUAUAAAUAUUUACUACGUAGAAAUGCAAAGGGUGUCUAAGUCGCCCUGGAUCAGAGCGUCUGUUAAAUGCAUGCAAUGUAAUUUAACCUCAGCCAACCUUCUUCAGUGUAUCAAGACGCCCUGUGUUGUAUUAUUACACAGUGCUGACAACUAGAAUGCAGUUGUGGUUUUAUUUUGUGUUCGUCUGCAUAUGUAGUCCCUAGAAAAAUUGGCAGCGUUAAAUACUCUGAUACAGUAUUUUUUCAGUUUUCUGACUCAUGACUUCUGACUUUAUUAGCUUAAUUGAAGUAGAGCCCUGCACAGUAUUAACCCCGUUCUUGGAGGGCCGAAUGGAUGCAUGAUAGUGCUAUGCGUUAUUUUACCGUUGGAGGGCGACAGAGGCUUAUUUUUCUGUUCCAUAUUGGCCGUUCUCACAGUUACUGUUUUAUUGCCAAUACCCCGAAGUCUUGUUUAUUGAAAUAUGAAUGCCGACGUUAAGCUAGUAAAGAUUUGGCAUUCAAGUGUAUUCACAGGCACCAAAUUGUAUUGUGAAGUACGAACGUUUGCAUUAUAAAAGUUCGUCGGAACUGAGGAAGUCUAAGCGUGCAGACAUGUGGGUUUGCGAACUCCGGGCCUCAUAACCAAUUUAUAAUGCAUACAGUGCAGCCUGUGAGUUUUUGUUGAUUGCAUAAGAAUGUCACCUAUUAAGCCGGGCAAAAUCACGUGGCCCUGAAAGAUAAUGUUGCUUUUGUACAUUGUCUGUCUUUCUGUAUUAUGGUCCGGGAAACUGAGCGAGCCUGUGUGGUUGCUAGGCAAGUCUAUCAUUCUGUUUUGGCUUUUGUUUUCCUGCAGCUGCGAGGCUCAACCUGCAUGUGGGUAGCCCGCAUCCUUUUCGUGGGUUGGCUAUUGAAUACACAUAAAGCCUCUUACUUGUAGAGGUGUUAGGAAUACCAGAUGGAUACGUCGGAUGAGUGAUGAUGUUCAUUCCUUUUCGGUAUUUUCACCCUAUUUCCCAAUACUAUAAUAUAAUGCAUUUUCCGUAACAGAAUCAAUUGGUUAUGUGCUUCGUGAGGGGGCUAUGUUACCAUUAAACACACACAAGUUUUUCACCCUGUACAUUAACCAAAAUGGGCUAAUGUGUAUGUGCUCAUAUCAAAAGAGACUGCGCUGCUUUAAAUAAUUUGGUGCACAUUUACUUUUUCCAGUUCGCAACUGAACUUAACCCAUGGCCUACUGUAUCGUCAAAGCUAUCAAUGUUCAAACGUACCUUCUUGUCAGCGGUAUUGGACGUUCAUGACCACGAAACAGAACGACAGCGGCACCCUAAUCUUCUUAAACCAAUUAAAAAUACUUGAAUACAUUGAACUUACAGCUUCUGCAACCAGUGAUUCUGUUGGUGCUCGCUGCUUUUCGUCACUGUUCCAUUACAUUUUCAAUAAUACACGUUCGGAAACAUAAAAGGCCAUGAGAAUUUUUACUGGACUGCCUUUGUGAUUCUAAUACAUUAUGAAUGGCCUGAAAUUGCCCGAGUGGGCUGGAACUAUCGUAUUCCUUGGCGUGUUCAACCUCUCCCCCUUCCUUCUUGAUUGGCUCUCUAUGACAAAGCUAGUGUGGGAGAAAGAAAAGGGGCGGGAUCUGAUCGCCACGUGGGUGUGUGAGGCAGGUUGUCGAUUGGUCGAUGCAAACAAAGUCUCCGAACAGUCCUCUAGUGAUAGGUUCAGAAUAGACGAGGACGGUAGGCGUGCCUUGUCGUUGUGAAAGGAUGAUACUUUGUAACAUUUUUUAUUGUUAAUUUUGCCUUGGAGCUGCCGUGAGCAUGGGUACGCAACGGAGAGCUACACAGUACUAAUUUCACGAGGCUUUGGCAGUCUGUAGUACUAGUCUCCUGCUACUAAACAGCUUACAGCUCCAAGCAUUUGAGAUAAUAAUACAUUGAACAAGUAGAUUGCACGCAUUUCUUUUGCAGUUAUUAGAUCAUUAAAACAUUCAGUUGCAUUUAACGCGAACUGGAAUUGAAGAAUCUUGGUAGUAGCCUGUGUUUACUUCCAUCUGAUACUCUCGCAUGUACACACUUCUGUAGCAUUUUUAAAACUGGACCAUCACAUCUCUGGAUGUUGGACCCCAAACAUCCCACCUUUAUUAGUUGCAGAAGGAAGACCCUAACGACAACGACAAAUAAAUAAAACAUCUUACUGAAACCGGAACUUCGGCACAUUUUUGGGUGUACUUUCGAUAAUAAUAGAGGAAGACAAGGACGUGAAAGACAUCGGCUAUUUUGGCUGUACAGAUUCAGAGAAAAGGCUAUCGAAUGGACCAACAUCCUAGCGCCCGGAGCUGCACCAGCCGCGGAGCUCCGUCCUGCGAGGCCAUCCCGAGCGAGCCCUCCAUGAAUUUGUACAUCCACUCCACAACCGGCACGCGCUUCGAGCUCUCCCUUCCGCUGGAAGAGACAGUGGAAGGACUGAAGAGAAGACUUUCACAAAGACUCAAAGUACCAAAAGAGAGACUUGCUUUGCUACACAAGGAAACGCGUCUCAGUUCAGGAAAACUCCAAGACUUUGGCAUCACUGAUGGGAGCAGGUUGACGCUUGUACCAACAGUAGAAGCAGGCUUAAUGUCUCAAGCAUCAAGACCAGAGCAGUCUGUAAUGCAAGCUUUGGAGAGUUUAACAGAAACACAGGUCAGCGACUUCCUGUCUGGGCGGUCUCCGCUGACCCUGGCGCUGCGCGUGGGCGAUCACAUGAUGUUCGUUCAGCUGCAGCUGGCGGCUCAGCAGUCCGGCGGGCAGCAGCUGCAGCACCGGCACCUCAUCGCCCGGGGGGGCUCGGACGGCGCCGGGGGGGCGACGGGGCCUUCUGGGACCAGCAGCGGGCACAUGAGAGUCCCCCACCCCCACCCUCACCCGCACCCUCACCCUCACCCCCUUCUCGCGCAUCCCGCCCCGGCCACCACCACCACCCCCACCCCCGUCCCUGCCCCCGCCCCCGUCCCCGCCCCCGCCUUCCACCAGGCCAGCGGCAUCCAAACGGCGGCCCCCGCCUACCCCUCCACCUCCACGUCCCUCUGCAGUCCCCCUCCACGCCACACCGCGCUACCCAACGGCCUCUUCCAGUCGCACCAGCCCUCCUCCUCCUCCUCCUCCUCCUCCCCGGUCGCUCCCAGCGCUCAGAGCCCCGCCCCUGCGGCCCCCUGCCCUGAGGCGAACUGCACCGCAAAGAACCCGGGCAGCAGCCCCGCCCCCGCGGCGCGGUCUCGCAAGCCCGGCGCCAUCAUCGAAAGCUUUGUGAACCACGCUCCCGGAGUCUUCUCAGGGACCUUCUCAGGCACUUUGCACCCUAACUGUCAGGACAGCAGCGGGCGCCCCCGACGGGACAUUGGCACCAUCCUGCAGAUCCUCAACGACCUCCUGAGCGCCACCCGCCACUACCAGGGCGUGCCCUCCUCCCUCACCCAGCUCCGCUGCCAGACGCAGUGCGGCCCCGCCUCCCCGUCGCCCUCCCCGCCCCCCUCGCCCCCGGCCGCCGGGCUGGCCGCCGGCCUCUCCGCCAGAGCUACCUCAGUGCCCGCCGACGCCCCGCCCGCCCUGCACCCGCUGGUACAGUGCCAGAGCCAGAUCCGCAUGUGCAAGCCCUCCGGCGACCGCCUGCGGCAGACGGAGAACCGCGCGACGCGCUGCAAGGUGGAGCGUCUGCAGCUGCUGAUGCAGCAGAAGCGGCUGCGCAGGAAGGCCCGGCGCGACUCGCGCGCGCCCUACCAGUGGCUGCCCAACCGCAAGUCCGGCCGCAGCAACAGCAACAGCAGCGUGUCCAGCGACGGCUCCCUGGACCUGGACUUCGACGACUCGGUGUGGAAGCCCGACGUCAAGGCCGACAUGAAGUCGGAGUUCGUCAUGGCAUAACGGUACAGAGAGAGAGAGAGAGAGAGAGCGCGAGGGAGAGAUUCGGCGAAAGAGCGAGGGGAAAAGGGGACCGGGAGACGGACGAGACGCGGAAGAGAGCAUGCUGAAAAGAGUGAUGGAGGGAUGGAGGGGGAGAAGCGAGAAUCGCACCCAGCAGUGCGCGUUCGGAACAGGACCCGCCUCUCCUCACUCCCUGUGUUGGAAAAAGAGAGGAAAAACACUUUGUCACGCAAAGUUCCCUGUUGAUUUUCAUGUUGUCUUGUCCUCCACAGCCUUUUUUUGUUGGAAAAAAAAAGAAGAAAAAAAAAUACAGAUGUUGAUGUUUGGACUUGAAUAGAACUGUAUAAAGAAUACAGGUAAGCAUAAAGAAACUACAAACAUGUCUGCCUUAUAGAACUGAAAAAUGGCAGUCUUCAGUGGUGGUGGUUUUUAAAAAAAUAUUUACGAGGAGAACUCUGGAUGUAAAUCCACACUGGACUGAGUUGGGACUCUGGGAGGCAGUAGCCUCUACUGCCGACAAAAGAGGCAGGAGUUUGUCCUGCGGCCUCCCCCUAGACUCUUACAACGGGCAUUCUUGGUUUCGCAUUCACCAACCAGAAUCAAGUCAUUUAUAAGAAGGUAUCUUUUUUCAUUUUUAAACUGUUUUUUUUUCCCUAAACAAAUAUGUAGCAUUCUUCACAAAGCAUUCAGGUUUUCUAAAGAAACUAAAACAAAAGAAAGGUGUUUUAUUUGCACAUUUUUCUCAGUUUUUUUUUUCUUUCAAACAGCUGGGUUACAGAGUGUGAGGGUAAGGGGGGGGAGUUGGGGGGGGGGGGAGCAGCAUAAGCAGCAGCAGAGGGACAUGUUUGAUGAGCCUUUAACACAGAUGUUUGUUUGAGAUGGAAAAAUGUACCUGUUAACAGCAACCUCAGCAAUGUAGGUUAUAAAUAGGAAUAAUAAUAAAUAAACAAAAUGAAUAAUUAAUGGAAAGUGCUUUAGAAGGUUGUAAAAUCAUGCUUUUAAAUAUAUAUGAAAAAAAAAUCUCUAUUUUUUGUUUUACUUUUUUAUCGGCUGUUUUCAAAAAACAGUAACCCAAUAUGGCUUGGGUCAAGCCAUUAAGAUAUGAGUAGUUAACUAAUGCAUUCAUCUAAUCAUCCAUCAGUUCACUCAUAAGUCUCCACCUUCAAGGGAGAGAGUAAUGUACACCCACCCAGCACGUCAAUUUGUCUUGAUUUUAUACCAUCUGUAGAACAGAUUGUGCGCGUGCGUGAGUGCGAGCGUGCGUGCGAGCGUGCACAUGUGAGUGUGUGUGUGCUUGAUGCAGGGAGUCUCUAGACAUUGCCAUCGUCACUGCCAAAACCCAGUCCCUCACUUUCAACUUCCCACUUCAUUCUAAAAAAAAAAAUGUUUUUAAAUGGGACACAUUCUCUGCUUGUAGUUCACUCUUCAUGAGCUACCCCACCACCCUUCAAAUGGCCUAUUGAUAAUUAUUGCUUUCCACAAGUAAUGUAAUAUAAUAGAUCAUGGCUGGUCGGAAGAUGAAGGACCAGAGUGGGUUUUAAUCCAGUGUCUGGUUUUCGUUGGAGAAAGGUUGGGGGUGGGGUUGGGGCGAGGGGGCAUCAGUAGACUUCCCUGACUUUCUGUCCCAUGUACCCUGCAUGUCCAUCACUCCACACAGGACUGCGAUCACACACUCACCACCCACCCUGGUCCCGGUGUCAGGUCAUUCAUUUUCUAAUUUGAUUCGAAUGGAAGAGCAGGAGAGGUCUGAAAUCGCAAGUAGGAAGCUCAAAUCCAAUUAGAUUGAUCAGUGCCUCCAGACGUAGUUUUACUUACAUAUCAGAUUGGACCUUUGACAAACGGAGAAUCAUGCUGCUACGUAGGAUUUCAUUUUACGGGGAGUAGUGAAUUUCCUUUGCAUGUAGGAGUGUGAAUUACCCUGAACACUAGAGUCAAAAAAAUAAAAAUAUUAUAAGGUGAUGUGACAGAAUGGUAAUGAGGGAGGAAGUUAAAGUGCAUGCUUUUUUUUGGGGGGGGGGGGGGAAUUGAGAAAAAAAUAAUAAAUGUGCUGCUGUUUUUGAUAAGGAUUUUUAGCAGUAUGUUGGUAUGUAUUCUUGAAAUGCUCGAAAGGAACCCAACCAACCAAAAAGAGACGGAGGGAGACGGGGCUCGUACCCUGCUCGCUCUCAACAUUCCUCAACUGUGAAAAUAAGCAAAGCGCAACUGAUUGGCUCUUUCUUUUCGGAAUGCCGGUGUUUUUUUUUUUCUUUCUUUCUUUCCUCCCCCUCCCUGUUCCCCGAGGCUGAAGAGGAAUCCGGUCAGCAAGCGCGGCCGCUAAUGGCUGAUGGACUGAAACGUUAAACAAGCUGCAUGCGGAAAACCAGGAAGACUAUUCUGACCAGCUUUUAUUUUUUCCAACUCGAAAAGCAUUUAAAAAAAAAAAAAAAAAAAAAUGUGUCAACACAUACCGCGAUUGCACUCACAGAGUUUGCAGUGAGAGAUUACCUGCUAGAAGGCAAACCUCAUGUUUUGUUAAGUGGCCUUAUCUUUCACAAAAAGAGACACACAGAGACUGGGGAGGGUACAAGUGGGAACCUAUUUUCUUUCCAUUCAUUUUUUGAAGCAGGGGUUAAGUUCUAAUGUUACACCACUCUCACUGAAGUUUUGGGCAUCUCUUUUCGUUGUGCUUCUAGCAGGUGGAGUCAAUGUAUUAUGUCAAGGCUACUGUGCCUUAAAUGCUGCCCGUGAAGUGAGAGUGAAAUAUGAAAUUACCUUUUACAAAUCCCCAAAAGGAAAAAAUAUUUCCCUCCAAGUGAUUUUAGGGGAUCUAAUGAUAUCAAGUGGAUUUAGGAGGCGGUGAUUUGGAGGCUGUGGUAUUCUGUUUAACCUGGAGGUGAACUUGAGGAAGACGGUGAUCUCCUGUGUCUCUUGUGUUGUAUAUCUUGGAUCUUUGUCUUCCCGUUUUGUCAUCUUGUUCCCAUUUGUUUAAGGCCAUUUUUGUACUUGAACCCCCCCACUCUGUCCUGCCACCAACAAGCAGAAGAGCAACAAAUGUACAAAAAGAUAUAUUAAAAAAACCUGAAGAUGUUUUGACUGCAGUGCUAUGGCAACAAAGUGCCCUGAAUCUGAAUGGAAGCGUCCUCUGAGGAUCUGUGACAACACGCACUUCCUGUCUCCUUGGAUACGACAUGUUAAAAGGACAAUAUUUUCUUCCCACCCCCCCCCCCCCCCUUGAGAUUUUAUUUAAUUUUUAUAUAUGUAUGAAAUAUACUCUGUGUGUGCCUCACUUAAUGUGUGAAAUUUCAAAGAUAAAAAGAUAAUAUGGGUUGAAGUACGGGGGGUAAAAAAAAAAAGAGGGACGGGAGGGGCGUUUCCAAACCAGUUUGUUGGUGGAGUCCAUGUUCUGAUCACCUCAUUUAAGUUGCCUGUUAUUUCUUGUAGCCAGCCAUUUAAAAUAAUAACACGAGUCAAAAUACAAUUUACAAUGUUCUAGCUAUAGACCGGUGUAGCACAUGUGUGACUGUAUUAAUUUAUGAAACCAAAAUGGUAACUGUGAAUUAUGUAUUUCUUUGUGCAUUUUUUUAAGUGGGAGAAGGUGGCUAAAGCUUAGCCAAGGCUAAUGCAAUGUCCUAUUUUGUUCUUUGGUGGACUAUAUUGGAAAUCAUCAAUUUCCAAAAAAAAGGCAUAAAAAUAUAUAAAUAUAUUUUUUUUCUUAAGCAAUACAUUUCAGUGUGACUUGUGAUAGAACCUUUUUCUUUUUUUAGGUAAUAAAUUGAAAAGAAAAAAAACUUGAAACCAGCA